AUGAUAAGACAACUGGACAGAGACGGGUUCCUUUACAUAGAAAAGAAAGUGAAACCUAAAGGCAGGACAGCAAAUAGGAAAAAUGAUGCUGCAUUCACGUGCUCCUCGGAUGGUCCCACUUCCCUGGUUUCACUUUCUUUUCUAUGUAAAGGAACCCGUCUCUGUCCAGUUGUCUUAUCAUUCGCCACGUCCAGAGCUUCACACAGCGGUAAAAUGCAGAAACCAUUUGGAAGUCUGGUCAGGGCGUCCACCUUUUCAUUUAGCACAGCCUCCAAAGCUCCAACUACUUCAUCCCAACCCACUGUUGGAACGGCAGCAGAAGAUGCUCUCAGCGCCUCCAUAUUCGCCAGCUCAACAGAGAGACAGGAGAACAAACCUUUGUUUACAUUGCCAAGAGCUCAAGGAACAUUGGAAUCUCCAUGGAGAGACGUGGAGUGGACAGAAGAGCAGAGGACAAGCCUGAUGAAGACUGUCAGCUCCUACAGGCAGAGCUGUGACGAGGGGACUCAGGCUCGGGUUCUCCUCCUGGGCCCGGUCGGCUCUGGAAAGUCCAGCUUUGUCAGUUCAGUCCAGUCAGUGUUUAAUGGAAGAGUCACCAACCGGGCCAUGGUGGGCUCCUCUUCGACCAGCUUCACCAAGAAGCUGCAGUCCUUCAACAUCCAUGGUCAGAAGGGAGAGGAUCCUACUGGACUGGUGCUGUGCGAUAUUGUUGGACUGGGGGGUGAAGAGAUGGCCGGACUGACCCUCCAUGACAUCCUGUCUGUCAUUAAAGGUCAUGUACCUGAGGGACACAAGUUUAGCCCAGAUCAGCCAGUGAGGUCUGAGACUGUGGGCUAUGUGAAGAGGCCAAGCCUCAAAGACAAGAUCCAUUGUGUGGCCUUUGUGGUGGACGCCUCUAAAAUCCUGACCUACUCCAAACGCUUCAGCAUCACCUUCCAGCAUCUCCGAGAGCACAUCAGUGACCUGGGUGUCCACCAGGUGGCUCUGCUGACCCACAUAGACAAAAUAUGUCGAGAAACAGCCAAAGAUGUCACUCAGGUUUACAAGAGCCACAUCAUUCGCGACACGAUGAGUAAAGCAGGAGAUCUGUUGGGUAUGUCCACCUCCUACAUCGUCCCAGUGAAGAACUACUCGUCAGAGCUGGACCUGGACCAGGACACUGACGUGCUUCUGCUUAGUGCUGUCGACCACAUCCUGCAGUAUGCUGACCUGUAUUUCCAGGACAAUACACCACAAGAUGCAGGGCCAAAGAUAAUCUAAACAUACAUUUCUGAGCUUUUGAAACAUGUCUUUCAGACAAUAUGAAGAAAGUCAUCGUUGACAUUUGGAGGAGGGAAUUUUGUGUGUGGGGUUUGAACAUUUCUGACUUUAGCGCCUCCUGGUGGUAAUAACGAAGCUACAGUAUAGUCACAUAAAAUGUUUCAAAUAGAGGAUUUAAACUAUCAUAUUGAACUGAUUUUUCUCAUGUUUUUUUUACUUUUUUUUACAAAAAAGAAAUCAGAUUGUAAUGGACAAAAUGGUGUGAUUCAGAAUAAAAACAGAAGUCUGAGAUAUUUUA